UACGGCUGACCCCUCCGGUUUCUGCGUGCACUGCCACGUUAGUAGCGGUAGACACAAAAUACCAGCUACUCUCCCAGCCUUCAACAGGGUAAAGAAAAAAAGACCAGGCACUGAAACCAAUUUUUCGGUUUAAAAAAAAAACCCGCAACUUAAAACCGUAUCUGCAGCUCUCGUCUCUCUGUCCGAAAAGAACAAUCCAACGGCAACUAUGCUGAAGUUUUUGCUAUUCUGCACCCUGGCCGUGGCUAGCAGGGCUGAGAUCGCCGAGGAAGAAGACGUCCUGGUGCUGAAGAAAAGUAACUUCGAGGAGGCUCUCCAGGCUCACCCCAACAUCCUGGUUGAAUUCUACGCCCCAUGGUGCGGCCACUGCAAGGCCCUGGCUCCGGAGUACGCCAAGGCCGCCGGCAUGCUGAAGGCCGAGGGCUCGGCCAUCCGCCUGGGUAAAGUGGACGCCACGGAGGAGACCGAGCUGGCCCAGGAGUACGGUGUGCGGGGAUACCCCACCAUCAAGUUCUUCAAGGGCGGAGAGAAGGGGUCCCCCAAAGAGUACUCCGCUGGCAGGCAGGCGGACGACAUCGUCAGCUGGCUGAAGAAGCGCACAGGUCCGGCCGUCACCACCCUGAGCAAGGUUACUGAGGCGGAGUCUCUGAUCGCCGACAGCGAGGUGGCAGUCAUCGGAUUCUUCAAGGACACUAGCUCUGCUGACGCCAAAGCCUACGAAAAGGCGGCCGAAGCCGUCGAUGAUAUUCCCUUCGCCGUGACCUCCGACGAUGCCCUGUUCUCCAAGUACGAGGUGUCCAAGGACAGCGUCGUCCUUUUCAAGAAGUUCGAUGAAGGUCGUAAUACCUUCGAUGGAGAGAUGACUAAAGAAAAACUCCUGGCUUUUGUCAAGUCCAACCAGCUGCCUCUGGUCAUCGAGUUCACGGAGCAGACGGCCCCUAAAAUCUUCGGGGGAGACAUCAAGUCCCACAUCCUCAUGUUCCUGCCCAAAGCCUCCUCAGACUUCCAGGACAAAAUGGACCAGUUUAAAAAAGCUGCAGAGGGAUUCAAGGGUCAGAUCCUGUUCAUCUUCAUCGACAGCGACAUCGACGACAACCAGCGCAUCCUGGAGUUCUUCGGCCUGAAGAAGGAGGAGUGUCCCGCCAUCCGCCUCAUCACCCUGGAGGACGAGAUGACCAAGUACAAGCCGGAGAACAGCGCCAUCACUGCAGAAAGCAUAACCGAGUUCUGCACGCUGUUCACCGAGGGCAAACUGAAGCCCCACCUCAUGAGCCAGGAUAUUCCCGACGACUGGGACAAAACCCCCGUCAAGGUUUUGGUCGGCAAAAACUUCGAGGAGGUUGCCUUCGAUCCAUCAAAGAAUGUCUUCAUUGAGUUCUAUGCACCGUGGUGCGGACACUGCAAACAGCUGGCUCCCAUCUGGGAUAAACUGGGAGAGAAAUACAAGGACAGCGGCGACAUCAUUGUGGCCAAGAUGGACUCAACGGCCAACGAGAUCGAGGCCGUCAAAGUCCACAGCUUCCCCACCCUAAAGUUCUUCCCUGCAGGAGACGAACGCAAGGUGAUCGACUACAACGGCGAGAGAACGCUCGAAGGCUUCACCAAGUUCCUGGAGAGCGGCGGCAAGGAGGGCGGCGCCCCCGCAGGAGACGAUGACGAUGACAUGGGGGAUAUGGACGACGUGCACACGGACUCGGACGGCGAGGACGAAGGCGACGACGAGAAGCACGAUGAGUUGUAGGCGCCGGCAGAGGAGUGAAAAGAAGAGAGAGAGAGAGAGGAGACGAGUCCCACCCCAACCAACCCUUCCAACCAGUCACCAUCACCACCUUCACUUCCUUCCUCGUGGACCUUCCCUGUCCUGUGAACAUUAAUAAUUCCCCUUUAACAGCCUCUCAGUCAGUCAGUAAGCCGGCCUGAUAGCCAGUCAGUCAGUCCAUCAGUGGCGUGGCAGGGCAUUUUUUUAUUUUUAUUUUUUUUUUUGUGCCAGCCACAUCUUCAAGCUCGUAACCUCUGGCCAGACUGGUCAUGUCCCACCUCCGGGGGGGGGGGAGGGAGGAGGAGGAGGAGGAGGAGGGGGGGACUCUAUGGAACAGUGCACCACCUCUGUUGGAGGCCUCAACGCCUUGUCUCUUGUCUACAAAGCUCCACAUCAGCUUUUUUGCCUUGUAUCUUUCAAACCAAAUGUCAACGGCAUCGAGAUCCAGUUUUCAAAAUGUUUUUUUUUUUUUUUUUUUUUUUAAUUUCCCAGAAGAGUUUGCCCCCCCCCCCUCCUGUUUAAAAGCAGCAGCCUAUGAGCUGAAUGAGUGUUGUUACCUGUAUUUGUAGGUGAGGUGUGUGUGUGUGGGUGGAGGGUGGAGGGGGGGGGGGCUCCUAAAGUGUUUCUCCCUCCCUAAAGUUGUUUUGUAAGGACUGAUCUCUCAGGGGACAAGGGGGCCAUCCAUCCGGUAGAUGUGUUUUAUUUGUCCAAAAAAAAAAAAAGAACCUCCCCCCCCCCAAUAAGAGCUUGUAGUGCAAAGGGCCGUCCCCCCCCCGUCUGUAGCUGAGACCAAUUGUUUUCUUUCGUUUGUUGUGGGGAGGGGGGGGCAGUUUACUUUACAUUUCUUCAUUCCCAAAUAUUUCGGUUCCGUCUCCUCGUUUCAGAACGGCUACUGACUAUUUUCUAAAAGGAACAAAGGUUAACUUUUCUGAUGAAAAUCCUGUUUUAUUUAAAUGCGUUGAGGGUUUUUUUUUUCAUAUAUUUUUUUUUUUGUUUUUUUUUAAUUUAGGACAUUUUUAAUGACGUACCAUCGUGCCCAGCUGGCUGUCGCCGGUCGGCCCUGUUGGGGCAGAGUUGGCCCCUCGGACGCACGCUCUCAGACCUGGAGACGUUUUUUUUUUUUUUUUUUUUUUUUUUUGGAGCCGGCUCUGAUAGGACGCACUGCAUUUAUGCCUAGUCAGAGAUUUCAUUGUGGUUACUAAAGCAGACAGAGAUUGGUACGGUUUUUACUGGUCGGGUCGGUCUGAGAGAAGUGUCCGUCAUAUCUGAAGAGGGGGAGGGAACAGUGUCACAGCUCCAUCCCUCACCCGACCUGUACCUCCGGACGUUCCCCAUUUCUGCUCCAUCCGGCUCCUCGUUGCCACAGUGGUGACUGUGUGUGGAUGAAUUAAUGUGCGACGUGUUGAAUGGUUAGUUUCUGGUCAUCCAUGAGCAGAGGAGUGAAUGCACAGUGUGUGUCUGUGUGCGUCUGUGUGUGUGUUUGCAGGCAGCGAGGGCCGGCUGAGCAGAGCGAGGUGAUGUGUUUGUCAGCCGAACAUCGGUGGGUGUGGGGGGGGGGGGGGAAACCUAACAAAGCAUUCCAUCAUAUCCAAAUUGAUGUGGAGAGAAAAAAAACAAGGAAAAAAAAAAAAACGUGAAAUGGUGGCCAAUAAACAACGAAAACAAAAAAAAAGUAUUAAAUGUGUCUUUUGUUUUGUUUUGACUAACUUUAUGCCGUUAUACUGAAUUAACCCUCGUUUAUUUAUAUCGGUAUAUACCAGGAAACAGCCCUGUAAGUUUAAAAUAAUAUUAAAAAAUAAUAAUAAAAUCAAUGGAUAAAUUGA